UUUUCACGCCUCUCCCUCCUCUCUCGAAAUCUCAAAUUCUCAAAAUCCAGCCCGCCAAGCUCAUUCAAUGUCUUCAUCGCGAUUACAAAUACGUCUCAAAAUUCACAACCACUUCCAUUCCGCGCAUCUCUGCAAUUCAUUUCCAUCUUGUUCUUCAAACACGUUGAAGAGUAGGGUGGGAAUGGAGUUACAGGCGGAUCUGCUUCUUUCACCAAGGUCCCAACAUUUGGGUAUUUCUGUGGAACACCACCAACACAAGGAGAACUCUCCUCCAUUUUCAGCAUUUUCAGCAGAUAGAUCGCCAACACCAUUUUCUGCCCUACAUUUUUUCAAGAGGCAGCCUCUGAAAGAUAUUACCCAUCUGUUUGCUACCAGUGCCAAUACCCAAUCCAUAUAUAAUGGAAGAAGAGUGUUCUCUGUAGAGAUAAGAGGGCUGGUAGAGCAGACAUCAGGUGUUGGAAACAAGAAGAGAAAAUCCAGAAAUCUGUCAGAUGACAGCAAUAUUAGUAGUUCCAAUCUGAAGAGACCAUUGCUUAGAAGAGAUUUCAGAUGAAAUGCUGAGUGGUAGCAGGCAUUCAGAAGAUUUGUGAUUCUUUAUUGCAAUCAGCGAUUCUGUAUAAGCUCUGGUCUCAACUCAGCUAUGGAGACAAAUUACAAUAAUAUACCAACUAUUGUGGUAUGGAAUGAAAACCCGAUACAAUAGAGCAAGAGAGGCACAAAUCAUGCCCUCUUUCGCGGUUUACUAGUGUUCAGCAUUAUGAAUAAAAGCCUCAUUUUUUCA